ACGGAUAAGAAACAUAUGAUUAUGUUCGAGUGAGGCUUGAGCCUGGAAGGUGCAAUACUUUGAUACUUCGGAUUGAUAGACUAUGGCGUGGUUUAGAGCUGGUUAUAGUGCGGCAAGAAUUGCCAUCAGGAAAACUCUCUGUCAUAGUGGAUCAUAUAUGACAAGAAUACAGGGCCUUGCCUCACACAAUAGGAGUUUCCAUCGUACAAUCUUUCGAUCAAAGGCACAAGCUUCUGCUACCCCUCAGUCUAUGCCUCUCUCUAAGCUAACUGAUAACUUUCUAGAUGCCACAAGCAGUGUGUACUUAGAAGAGCUUCAGAAAGCCUGGGAAUCUGAUCCCAAUAAUGUAGACGAGUCUUGGGACAAUUUCUUCAAGAAUUUUGCUGGUCAGUCAGUGACAUCUGCAGGGAUUUCAGGGCAAACAAUACAAGAAAGUAUGCGUUUAUUGUUGCUGGUUAAAGCUUACCAGGUUAAUGGCCACAUGAAAGCAAGUUUAGACCCACUGGACCUGGAAGAAAGAGAAAUUCCUGAUGAUUUGGACCCUGCUUUCCAUGGCUUUACAGAAGCUGAUCUUGAUAGGGAAUUCUUUAUAGGAGUGUGGAAUAUGUCUGGGUUUUUGUCAGACAAUCGACCGGUAAUGACACUUCAAUCCAUAUUGACAAGACUUCAACAGGCCUACUCUGGACAUGUUGGAUAUGAGUAUAUGCAUAUAGAUGAUAGUGCGAAAUGUAACUGGCUAAGGGACAAGAUUGAAACCCCGACACCAAUGACAUACAAUAAGGAAAGGCGUGAGGUUUUUCUUAAUAGAUUAACAUGGAGUACAUACUUUGAGAACUUCUUGGCUACUAAGAUGAAAGCAGCAAAGAGGUUUGGGCUUGAAGGUGGGGAAACUCUGAUCCCUGGGAUGAAGGAGAUGUUUGAUAGAGCCUCUGAUCUUGGAGUUGAGAAUAUAGUUGUUGGAAUGCCUCAUAGAGGAAGAUUGAAUGUUUUAGGCAAUGUUUUUCGAAAACCACUUGCACAGAUAUUUAGUGAGUUUGACAAGAAUGCAAAAUCUCUGGAUGAGGUUGGGCUUUAUACAGGUACUGGUGAUGUCAAGUAUCAUUUGGGAACUUCUUAUGAUAGACCAACUAGAGCUGGGAGGAGAAUUCAUUUGUCUCUGGUCGCAAAUCCCAGCCAUUUGGAAGCAGUAGACCCAGUAGUUCUUGGUAAAACUAGAGCAAAGCAAUAUUAUACUAAUGAUGCGGACAGGAGUAGGAAUAUGGCUGUUUUGAUCCAUGGGGAUGGUAGCUUUGCCGGGCAAGGUGUAGUUUAUGAAACUCUACAUCUUAGUGCACUUCCUAACUACACUACUGGUGGGACUAUACACAUUGUAGUGAACAACCAAGUAGCCUUCACUACUGAUCCAAGGUCAGGGAGAUCUUCACAAUAUUGUACUGAUGCUGCUAAGGCCUUGAAUGCCCCAAUUUUCCAUGUAAAUGGAGAUGAUAUAGAGGCAGUUGCUUAUGUGUGUGAGCUUGCAGCAGAGUGGCGCCAGACUUUCCAUUCUGAUGUUGUGGUUGAUAUAAUAUGCUAUCGUCGAUUUGGGCAUAAUGAGGUUGAUGAGCCAUUUUUCACACAGCCAAAGAUGUACAAGGUCAUUCAGAAGCAUCCCUCUUCUCUUGAAAUAUAUCAAAAUAAACUGUUGGAAUCUAGAGAUAUCACACAAGAAGACAUUGAUAGAAUACACAGAAAGGUCAAUACAAUACUUAAUGAAGAAUAUUCGAAUAGUAAAGAUUAUGUUCCUAAAAGAAGUGAUUGGCUCUCAUCUCAUUGGUCCGGCUUCAAGUCACCUGAACAACUUUCUCGUAUCCGAAACACUGGGGUAAACCUAGAUGUGUUGAAAAAAGUUGGUAAAGCGAUCACGGUACUUCCAGAUGAUUUCAAGCCUCACAAACAAGUGAAAAAGAUAUAUGAUGACAGGGCACAGAUGAUUGAAACUGGGGAAGGCAUUGACUGGGCACUUGCUGAAGGACUAGCUUUUGCAACAUUGCUAUUGGAAGGUAACCAUGUAAGACUCAGUGGCCAGGAUGUUGAAAGAGGUACGUUCAGUCAUCGGCAUGCUAUGGUUCAUGAUCAGGAGUCAUGGAAGCAGUAUUGCCCUCUGGAUCAUGUUAUGAUGGGCCAGGAUGAGGAAAUGUUUACUGUGAGCAAUAGCUCUCUUUCAGAAUUUGGUGUACUUGGGUUUGAAUUGGGAUACUCAAUGGAAAAUCCAAAUGCUUUAGUUAUGUGGGAAGCUCAAUUUGGUGAUUUUUCUAAUGGAGCUCAAGUGAUGUUCGAUCAAUUUCUGAGUGGUGGGGAGUCAAAGUGGCUACGCCAAAGUGGACUAGUUGUGUUGCUUCCUCAUGGUUAUGAUGGCCAGGGUCCUGAACAUUCAAGCGCAAGAUUGGAGCGUUUCCUUCAGAUGAAUGAUAGUGAUCCCUACGUUGUGCCUGAGAUGGAUUCAUCACUCCGAAAGCAAAUCCAGGGAUGCAAUUGGCAGGUUGUGAAUGUUACCACUCCUGCUAAUUACUUCCACGUUUUGCGGCGUCAGAUACACAGGGAUUUCCGUAAACCUCUGGUAGUGAUGUCUCCAAAGAACCUGCUUCGUCACAAGUCCUGCAAGUCAAAUCUUUGUGAAUUUGAUGAUGUCCAAGGCCACCCUGGUUUUGACAAACAGGGCACCAGAUUCAAGCGACUUAUAAGGGAUCAGAAUGAUCACUCUGAUCUUGAGGAGGGCAUCAGGCGACUGGUUCUUUGCUCUGGAAAGGUUUAUUAUGAGCUUGAAGAAGAACGAAACAGGUUAAGUGAGAAAGAUGUUGCAAUUUGUAGGGUGGAACAGCUCUGUCCCUUCCCAUAUGACCUCGUCCAGCGCGAACUUAAGCGUUAUCCAAAUGCUGAGAUAGUUUGGUGCCAGGAAGAGCCAAUGAAUAUGGGUGCCUACAGUUACAUUGCACCUCGUCUUUACACAACCAUGAGAACCAUGGGAAGAGGAUCUUUUGAGGACGUCAAAUACGUUGGCCGAGCUCCAUCUGCUUCCACGGCCACUGGCUUUUAUUCAAAUCACAAAGACGAACAGAUUAAGCUUGUUCAGCUAGCUAUGCAGCCUGAACCUAUCAAAUAUCCCUAUUAAUUCCAUUUAAAAUCGACCUUAAAUUUAAAAAAAAAAUAAUGUCCCACUCAAGAUCUUAUAUUAUCCCGAAUUCUUUGCAUAGUUUACUUAUGAUUAAUUUAUGAUUUUGAUUGGAGUUUUAAA